AAAGCGCGCGACGACGCGACCCCAAGGCAGAGAGAGAGAGAGAGAGAGAAAGCUAGAGAAAGAAAGGAACCAGCUGCCCCAGCGCCCGGCCCUCCUCAGCACACAACAAGAAGAAGCUAGCAAUCGAGGCAGCAGCAGCAGCAGCACCACAAGGGCAAGGCCCUGGUCCUCGUUCUCCGCGCCCCGCGAACCCUAUUCCUUGUUCUUGAAUCUCUCAACCCCAAUCCCACACCAGUACACACACCCUGCUGCAGCAGCUGCUGCGGAGAGAGAGAGGAGAGAGAGAGAAUUAAUUCCAUCGGGAGAUCUCUCUAGAGAGAGAAGGGAGAGGAGGAGGUGCGUGCGUGGGAGAGAGAGAGAAUAGAUAGAAUGUUCCCUUCCAAGAAGGCCACUAGUAGCGCCGCUGCCGCUGCCGCUGCCGCCGUGAGCUCAAAUGAUAGGCAGGCGAUGUGCGUGCAGCAGGGCGACUCGGGGUCGGGCCUCGUCCUCACCACCGACCCCAAGCCCCGCCUCCGCUGGACCGUCGAGCUCCAUGAGCGCUUCGUCGACGCCGUCACGCAGCUCGGUGGCCCCGACAAGGCGACUCCAAAGACCAUCAUGAGGGUCAUGGGAGUGAAGGGGCUUACCCUUUACCACCUCAAGAGCCAUCUUCAGGUAGUUAGGAAAUUCAGGUUAGGGAAGCAGCCGCACAAGGAGUUCAACGAGCACUCAGUUAAGGAUGCUGCCGCAGCAAUGGAGAUGCAACGAAACGCUGCCUCUUCUUCAGGCAUGAUGGGAAGAAGCAUGAACGACCGCAGUGUGCACAUGAAUGAGGCUAUCAGGAUGCAAAUGGAAGUCCAGAGAAGGCUACAUGAGCAACUAGAGGUGCAAAGGCACCUCCAGAUGAGGAUCGAAGCCCAGGGGAAGUACAUGCAGUCCAUCCUGGAGAAAGCCUACCAGACCAUCGCCGCCGGCGACGUCGCUGCGUGCCCGGCGGCAGGGUACAAAUCCCUACUAGGUAACCACCACCAGGCGAUGCUGGACGUCUGCUCCCUCAAGGACAUGGGCCCGUCCAUGGGCUUCCCUUCGCUGCAAGACCUGCACAUGUACGGCGGAGGCGGCCACCUGGACCUGCAGCAGCAGAUGGAGCGGCCGAUGGAGGCCUUCUUCGCCAGCUGCGACAUUGGGUCGCUGGCCAAGAAAAGGCCCAUCAGCCCUUACGCCGACGGCAAGAGCCCGAUGAUGUGGUGCGACGACGAGGACGGCAAGGGCAUCGUCGACCAGCUCCAGAUGGCGCCGUCGAUGAUGGACGCCGCCGGCAUCGACGUCAUGGACUCCAUCGCCGACGUGUAUGGCGACGCCAAGCCCAUGAUGUCCGGCGACUCCACGGGGAGCAAGGGCGGCUUUGACGUCAAGCUCGAGAGGCCGUCACCGCGGCGGCCGCACAUGGGCGGCAGCCCGUCGGUGAUCGGCGGAGGCCAGCAGACAAGGAACCUGUCCUACGGGUAACUAGCUCACUGAUGAUUAACCAUCCGAUGCAGUGCUUAAUUAACUUGCAGUGAAAUUAAAAUUAAAGCAGGCGAUUACUAUUAACCGGUGCAAUGGAUAAAAAUAAGUAAAAGCUAGCUGGAGCAGAUAUAAUGGCGGAGAUACAUAUAUAGCAUAUAUGUGUCAUUGAUCAGGAUGAUCUUACUGUGGUGCAUCACUUGUUGGAUGAUGCUCCAAGAUUAUCUAUUUUGAGGAGAUGUACCUAUAUGUUCCAUUGUAAUUGUGUUGUUGAGAUGGGUGUAAAUGCAUGUGUAACUUAAUUGGUAAUUUUGCAUGCUGAGGAAACAAGCUUUCUUUGAUCUGAGGCAUGUAUAUUUGUAUCCAGCUGAGGGACAUGUUAAUGGAACUGUAUGAUACCUUGUAUUGUACUGAUGAUUAAUUCUUUUUGGUUUAUCUGUACAAUGUA